AUGGACAACUUAACCUUAUUAACAGAAGGAAGUAAGAUAUAUUCCGAAAAGCGUAAAAGGAAAAAUAAUCAAAUUCCAGAAAUUGUAUUCGAUGAAACUGCAAGACGAGAAUAUUUAACGGGAUUUCAUAAGCGAAAGCUGGAAAGACAGGCAAAAGCAAAGAAAAUUGCUUUAGAACGAGAAAAAAAAGAGAAGGCCGAGAUAAAAAAAGCUGAAUCGCAGAGGAGACAAAUUGAAGAAAAGUUGGCGGCGACUCAAGCAAUAAUUGAUAAAGCGAACGAUAUUGAUAAUGACGACAAUGAUGACGAUGAGAGUGAAGAGGAUACUAAAAAAAAUCAGCGAACACGAAUAUCAGAGUAUAAAACACCACAAAUGUUAACAACUGUAACUUUGUAG